AUGGCUAUGUUAAAGUCCUCUAUUGUGAUAUUGUUUUUGGUGUUCCGUCUAUGCAACAUUCGCAUUGUUCAUGGCUGUUUGGCGACUGUUCCAGGAGAAGGUGCGGGUACUGGUAAGCUUGCCUGCUCUUUAUCUAGGUCUUGAAGAUGGCGACAGCAUUUUUUGUAAAAUACGUGGAUCCUCGAUGUGUUUGAAAAUAUCCUGUAUUUUAUCAGCAUCUUAAGUUAGGAAAGCCUGCAGGACGAUAUUAUUCAUGAGUCUAUACCUCAAGAUCGAUAAGACCCGCCCUUUCAGGACCAUCAACCCCUUCUAAUGCAUGUGUCGAUGGGCCGACGAACACGGCCGGCAUUACAAUAUAUCAAAUCCAAACCCAGAACAUUUUCACAUAUGCCACAGCGACUGCUCAUUGUACCAGUUGUCCUAGUGGUAGUCGACAAUUUUAUAAUAGUGCGUCGACUGCGGACUAUACUGAUGCUCUGAACAAUAACCAAGCCAUCGCUACUGUGCAAUGUGACACACCGGCUAAUUUGUGUAUUUGUCAAGCUAGUGGUACUUGUUGUACUCCUGGUGCAACGCCUCCCGAUGAGGUUCAUCUGAUUCCGUAUUGUUCUGCGGGGUGUAAGAUGAUUUUUUUUAUUUUCAUUAGGUUUUUCUAAAUUCGUAUUUUUUUAAAUGAAACGAAAAUAUUUGACGUAUUUUACGCUUAUUUUCCAGCAUGCCAAGUCUACGCCGUGCUUCAAGGCGCUGAUGAUGCGUCAAUUAUGUGUGGUGGUACCACAUAUACAGUACAAACUACAACCAUGGUUAAUAGUGGAGCUUUCCCAACGGCCGACUCGGUUAGUUGUAGUGGAUGUAAUCAGAUCAGAAACGACGUUUGUCAAAAACCAAUUGUCACUGGACCUUCUCCUGCUGCCACUGGGUAA